CAACAGUUGAACUCCUCUUCACACCAACUUGAACAGUCCAUUCACAAAAAGAAGAACACAGUCCAGCGUAGAUGUAAAAGCAGAUGAGGUCAAGUCAUUGUCAUUGAACAGACAGUCGAGAUGUUAAAUUUAUUGCUAUCGUAGCUCCUGAGAAAGUGAGAAUUUCUGAAUGCAAAUCCAUUCGGUUACAGAUUUGGGAAUUCUUUAUUAUAAACAACACUCGAGAAUCCAUCUAAUCCAGAAGAUUUCUGACUUGGUUUCGAAAGAUCUCAUUGAAAUAUCUGAACUCUGUAAAGCUAGAACUACUUGCCGAUGUUUACAGUGCUAUAUAUGCAUGCAAUAAAGAAACAUGGCCAACACCUCGAGUCGACAUAUCUUGUGCACUGUCCUCUGUGCACUGUCACUCUUAGCGAUAGCAAAGAGCUCAAUUUUUCCACCGAGAACUGUGUCUACACGCCUAGGGCAUAAUCAUCUUUGUCCAAGAAUUGACAGUACAAAUCUGUUGCUUUCUGAUAAGAAAUAGAGUUUUUAUCCUGAAUUGUGCUCACCACGAUCACAGACCAGUUCCACCACACCGAAUCCAAUCGGUUGGGGUGUAUGAAGUUGGCUCUGCGCUUGCGAAUCUCCUUCGCUCUGAAGUGUGAGUUGGAUCUGAGGGUUGGACGAUCUCAGAAGACAUGGAUUCCAUACAAACUCUGCAUAUUUGCAGUAUACGCCUUGACGUCCCUAUACCUCAGCUGGAAGUCAAUUAGUCAUCUGAGAGAGUUGACCUUUAGCUACUAUCGACUCUACAAUCACAACAGCUGCGCAAAUCUUUACAACCUCGGAAGUCAAAUCUCUUCCGGUUGUUAAGUACACAUACAAGCGACGGGGUUCCCGGUUUCAAGGAGCGAAGGAGCUGACUACAUGCCCGAGGAGCAGCAACCGCUCUUUCUGCUUCAGCUUAAAGCCAUAUCGCUGGAACUGACUGCAGCACGAAGGAGCCAGCUUCAAAAUCGAAGGAAUAGACGGCUCGAUGGCGCGAAUCGUGGCGAUUUCAUGUGAGAUUGGAUGGCCGGAUUACGAGAUCGAGAGAACGUAGACGUGUACUAUAAGGAGCAAAAAUGCAUCUGCCCAAUCUCCAGUUUGAAUUGCGGAAGGCUCGCUCUCAGGGUUUGCUGGGGAGAUAAUUUGAGCACACUAGUGGCAAACUUCUCAAAACUAUCAAUUCGAAGCAUCACACAAUGAAGUCGUAUACGUGGUCCUGUUACCACAGCCGAUCUGGACAGCUCACCUCACUUCGAGCUCAUGAUCAGGGCACUAUGCUGAAGAAGUCCAGCAUCUUUGUGGGUGCACUGACUUGAGACGGUUAUUGGGGGCGGAUCGCCUUAGGUGCAUGACUUUCGUCACUUUUGAUUUGGGACAGAACAACAGAAAUUCUACUCAUGUACACAAUGCGAACUCCCAUACUACCGAUUAGCACCUUCAAAAUAAAGAGUCUGGAGAAGAGAUUUCUUUCCUGAUUUUAUUACUCUCUGAGCUGUUCAGAGCGUCUACAGUGGGCUCGAGGGCCUACCAGCAGACCAGUCUCUUCACUUUGUCAAAGACUACAAAACAUCCAACAUAAGGCAGACGUGAAGAUAACUCUGGGAAUUCUUAGUUUACUUUCAACUCCCCUGGGUCAAUUUUCUAAAACUCGUUGGUAUUGUAAAUGCUCCAAAUCAACUGGCUACCGCGGAAAGAUUACGAUAAUGUGAUCAGUUUUCAAUAUUCCAAGUCAUAUCAAUACAUCUUUAGCGACACUCCACAUUUCAAGAGUACUGUAAGGCGCACAUUGUUUCAGACUUCACGGAUUAAAUCAGCGCUCGACUUGAUAGAGUAAUUUUUAUGGAGCAAUAUUUAAUAGAUGGUGGUAGCAGUCAGUUCAGGCUUUUGCAUCCUACGAUUGACUUAGAGGUGAAAAAGUUUGCAGUAUACCUUAGCGGGAACAGAUUCCCCUGCUUUUUGGACAUUAUUAGGACUUUUGAAACUUUUUGUUUUAUGAGUAUUGCUCAAGCCAUGGGUUGACAUUUAUUGGCGGUUUCUCGUACCUAAUACGUAUGAAUUUUUCCUAGUUGCUGGAAGCGUGGCAACUGCCUUGCUGAAAUCUCAUGCGAGUUGGACGAAGACUAGUGAUCUGCUGUGCGCAAUCUGGA